AUGGCGGUACCCACGAAAAGAGCGUGUGAAGAAGCAGACAGCAGCAACAUUUUAUCGAAAUUAUCAACUGUUUCUAAAGAUGAAACAAAAUUACAGAACUUUCUGAGCUGGUCCGAAGAAAAUGGUCUCUGGCUUUCUCCAAAGGUUUGUGUCACUAAACAAGGUUCCUGUGCUCAGUAUGGUAUGCUAGCCACAGACAGUGUGGACUGUGGAGAAUGUCUUUUUAAGGUUCCUAGGAAGUUACUGCUUCAUCCUAAAACAUCUGCUAUAUCUAAAUUGUUGAGAAAAGAAGAAGCAUCGUUGGUGAGUGAGAGUGGAUGGGUGCCCCUUCUCUUGGCACUGAUGUACGAACAUAAUAGUCCAGAAUCUACAUGGCGACCUUACCUUGACCUUGUUCCAGACUUCAAGGAACUUGACCUCCCGAUGUUUUGGCCUGAGUCUGAAAGAGCAUCUCUGCUUGACUCGGCAAAUGGCAUCCUGAAAUGUGUGGAAAGAGAUAUAAAAUCAUUGACAGCAGAAUUCACAACAAUUGUUUUACCUUUUGUACAGAAGCACAAAGAUGUUUUUGGCUCCGCCUGUGAGAGCCUGGAACUGUACAAGAAGAUGGUGGCCUUUGUAAUGGCAUACAGCUUUACAGAACCUACAGGGGAUGAUGAAGAUGAACAGAUGAAAGGGGAUGUUCCCUCUAAGUCUGCCCCGAUGAUGGUUCCUAUGGGCGAUAUAUUAAACCAUGUAGCACACAAUAAUGCAGAACUGCGUUUUGAAAAGGAAUUUUUGAAAAUGGUUUCAACUGCUAAAAUUGCCAAGGAUGAAGAAGUUUUCAACACUUAUGGCAUGUUAUCCAACAAAGAUGAGUUACACAUGUACGGUUUCUCAGAGAGGUAUCCCAACAACGACAAAGAUACUGUAGACAUACCAGCCACAGUACUGAAAGAAGAAGCGAAGAGCCAGGACAUUAAUCAGGCAGAUAAAACACUUCUGGAAGAGAAAUGGGAGUUUUUAAUGGAACAGGAGGUGAUUGGGGAAGACGAUGCGUUUGUGUUGAGUAAUGAAGCUAUAGAGACGUGUGACGAAUUGGAAGCUACACUCAAGGUACUUGAGAUGACCAGAAGUGAGUUUGAAGACUACCAGGAAAAAGAUGGUUGGAGUGAAGAUGAAGGCGAUGAGGAGGAUGACAGUGAAGAGAAAUGGAUGUUUGUCCCAAAUGGAAUACCAAAACAGAAGGAUUCAUGGAAAAAGUUAUUGAAAGGGUGUGCUGAGAAGUGUCUGGCAAUGUACAAGACCAGUCUAGAGGAAGAUGAGGAAUGCCUGGCAACUGGGUUGGACAAGUUAUCUCCAAGACAGAAGUACGUGUUGUACACUAACCAUGGACAGAAACUCAUCUUACAGAAACUUCUGGACAGUUGUAGCUGAUUUCAUUCCUUAAUGACUUUACAUUCUAAAUGAUCAGAGAUUUUGUUGUCUUUGGAUCAGAUAUAAAAAACAUUGAUUACAACACAAACUAUUGAUAUCCAGAAAUUGUCUCUGACUGCAUAAUGGUGAAUGUAUAUCUGAAGCUGGACUUGACCAGAUUUCAACUUGGCCAAUAUCCUGUUGAAAUGUAAAGCAAUUUUGCAUAUUCUCAUAAAAAUUCUAACAUAUUAUAUAACUCAUUUUCUUUACAAGCUGAUUGGUCAAAAAGUAUUGUGAUGUUACUCAAAAACAGGCAGAAUCAGUACACUCAGGGUGAAUAUAACAGUCCAAUACCCUGUCAGCAUUUCGCAGGUGAAUGUAACAAUCCAGAAAUUUUCGACCAAUCAGAAGCAUGGAUUAUCACCAUAUAGUAUUAUUGACCUGUUUUCAAGUAAAUACAAGGAUUUAUCAACCCUUGGUGUUGAUAUCCUCACUCUUCAAAAGUAUCACCUCUGGUUAAUCACUAUUAAAUAUUUUGUGGUUCAUACAAUAUAAGGGAAUGUCCAUAGUAUUUGUUUAUCAUUUUGCCUACAUUGCCUGUUGUGAUUGCAGAAGUUACUUUUGUAAUUACUUGGACAGUUUAGAAAAUGUCAUGAAAUAAUCAUUUGUCUCGACUCGUAGUGUCUUGUAUUACAUUUUGACCCAAAAUGACCCUGGCUGUCAAUGGGCUGUCAAAUAAUUAUCCACUUACAUUUUGUAUGAAAUAUGUAUAACAGUACAUUGACAUAACAACUAUCCUGAUGGUGGAAAAAAUGGUAUAAAAAGUUGGAACAAAGAAUUUUUUAAAGGAAAUACACUCGAAUUUUGCUUCUUCCUAUACAAGUUAUGAAAUUGAAUUCAAUGCUUGUGUCAAUGUACUAAUGAAUUUAUCCAUAUUCUUAAGAUAAAUUUAACAUUACCUGAGCUCUCAAGGAAGAUCCUAUACAUAAAUUUACAUCUGAGAUCUCAGUUUGAGAUUACACCUAUCAAUAUAUUUUUUAACCAUGGUCACAGUCCUGAGUUGGAUGUGUGACCCUAUCUGGUCAGUCUAAAGUUGGUGUAUGAUACCCUGACCAAUUUAAUUGCUUUUGUCUUUAAUCUACAGCAGUAUCAUGAUGCAUAAAUCACUUCAUGAUCAUUAGAUGUAAUUUGAAACAUAUUUUAAGAAAAUUAUAAGAAUACUUUGCAUGUUCCUCAUGUACUGAGUUUGAAUAUUUUCAUAGAGAUACCAAUUUCAAAACCUGCAGGCGGGAUAUACUUAAAAAUUAAGUAUAGCACCUUUAUUUUGUUCACAAAUUAGCAGAUGUAUUGAAUUUAAGAAAUUUUCAGUAAAAGUUAAAUAAAAUUUCGUGGUAAUGAAA